GAAGCUAAAGCAUGUUGUGUGCUUGUCUGUUUGUAUCUACGCUGAAAUUCCUUUGGCUUCCUCUGCUGGCAUUGCUGCCAAAAGGGGAUCAGUCUCAGGCCCUGAGAGCAUUCAGAGUUCCUGAAAAGAGAGUCAAAAGAGUCACUUCUGCAUAAGGUCAUCCUGGGAUUUGUACUUAUUUUUAUUGCUGUACUCCAUGCUCUAUUCCAUACAGAAAGUAUUUUCAAUUUUUUAGUACCGAUACUACCAGAAGAUUAUGCGUCCCAGCAUAAUUAGUUGCUUGACGCACCUAACUGCUCUCACAUGUUUGGAAAUCUGCAGUUUAAUUUGCAACUCUAGAGUGGCUUGUUUUCCUAAAAAUGUGCAGAUAUCAUUGCAAAGAGUUUUUCUCUCAAAAAAAGGUGUGAUGUACAGCAUACAUAACUGUGCUAUAUAAAGUGAAGCAAAGAUGCAUUUUCUGAAUGCAUCCACAUAUUUGUCAACUCGAAAGUGAUUUGAAUGCUCCUCAUCCUGAAAUUUUCUAUGACAUGGGCUGAGGGAGACUUUUGAUGCUUUAACUGUGCUUCAGUUGAGACUUAACUGUGAUGUACUUGUGAUGAUUUAUUUUACUGAUAUAGUUUAAAUACCUGAUAUCUGAUUAAUUUUGUCUAUACAGUCAAUGGCACAUCUCAGGAUUUCAUGGCAGAUAUACAGUACAAACCGAAAUGUGCUAGAUCCCACUGUAUCUUAAACCAUAUACUGGGAUAAAGCCAUGGCCUUUGCACUGCACAGCUCUGCUGCUGAGACAGUUAUUCAUAGACCCACAGACUAGAUGGAAAGCUAAGUAUGAGUUGCUAACAACAACUAAACUACCAGUGAUCCAGCUAAGGGUCACUGGAGCUUGGGGAAAUAUCUUUGCCACCUCAUUAGGCAGAUCUUUGGAAAUGGUGUAGAAGUUCUUUUUUUGUAAUCAAAGCCCACCAUUACAGGAAAAUCCUUCAGUGAUCAGAAUAAGCACAGUUCACUUUCUCCUGGUAAUAUAACAAAAGGAGAACAAAGCACAUCAGUCUCAAGACCUAAUUAAAAAAAUAAUAAUUUGGGAUACUAUUACAAUGCGCAUAAGAAGACAUCUCUGGCAAAGUUAGAUUUCAAUAGCAUAACUACUGCAUCCUUCAAGCUGCCUCUAAGGAAAGCUGCACUGUGCAUAUCUGUAGAGGUAGACUAGCUCUGUCAUUCCUUGCUUCAUCUUCUGCAUUGGAUCUUAAGAGGGCAAUGUUUUUUGCUCAGAGGAAAAUGUGUAGUACAUCAAGACUAACUAAGUGUCAGAUAAGCUAUAGAGAGGAGAACAUGCAUAUCAAAUGCUGAUUUCAAAAAAAGAUUUUUUUUUCCUGUGGAAGUAGAAAACAAAACAAACAACUCUCCAUAUAUGUCUAGGGAUGUCUCCAAGGCCAUAAAGAGAAUAUACAUUACUGUAUUAAAAUAACGGAUGAUGUAUGCUUUGAUAAUUAGAACAGUGCCACAGACAGACUUAAGGUCAUGUUUGGAAACACAAUUGAUAAUUGUACUGUGUCUUGGGAACUCACUGUGCAGGAAGGAAAUUCUUAGCAUUUUAAACUACAUUUUAAGUCUGUACAGCAGAGGGCACUAGUGCUACUGCAUUGGCCAUAAAGUUGCUAUUUUAGUACUGGAAAAAUGGAAAAAAAAAUAACUUAGAAGACAAAGAGCUGUCAACAAAGACUGAAGCUGGUUGAUGGUCUGUGUUCCAUGUGUGGGUUUGUAAAGCUAAAUGUGUCUCUAGCAUAAUAGGUAUUGAAUAGCAAAUUACUCUAGUACAGAGUUCCAGAUGGAUCUUUAUGUAAAGGCCAUUAAGAUAUUUCCAUAAUGUUCUUCAAGGCUUUAAAUUAAUUUUACAUUGUAUUUUUGUGUAGGCUAAUUUUUUCCAGGGUAUUUCCAAAGUAUUUAUGAUUUAUAAUUACCCUGAUGUGAAAUGCCUGCACCAAGACUUCCUGAAUAUUUAAGUUCUGAGCUGUGGAAAACCACCAGUAUAAAAGAAAGGACCUUUUUAAUACAUUCCUACUGCCACUAAGAAUCUUACUGCAGUAUUAGCCUCAUGCAAAGCUCACUAGUUGGAAGGGAGAACUUGCAAGGUAUAUGCUUCCCUAGCAUAUUUUCUACUGGUCAUAGUUGCUUUUUUGGAUCAUCAGCUGCCCUUUAUUUCAGCAGCACCAAGUUCAAGACCAAUAAUGGUCUUAUGCUAAAAACUGCAUUUUGCUUCCUAUAGUGACAACAAAGAGGGAGAAAAGUUGAGCUGUGUAAAUAAAUCCAAUGUAAAAUCAAAUAGUGGAACAAAAGCUAAGAUUUGCUCUCACUACCUCCCUGAAAAUGUUGUGGAGGGGUGAUGGUAUAGAUCUUCUGUAUUUAUAUAUUAAACAAGAUCCAGCUUAGACACAGAAAGAUCAAACAUAUCAACACAUAUGAAAACAUAUUUAGAACUUUAUAUCCCCAUCUCACAAAACUGUGAUCCUGUCUUCUUCAGAGAAGCUAACAAUUCCUGGGUAACCAAGCCUGUAUUUGAAGUAUACACUGAUUUGAAUCUUACAGAAACCUGAUGGUGUCAGACUUUCCUGGAGGUCUUUGAUAGAUUGUAGUACUGAGACACAUGUUUGAUUGAGACAUCACUAGCACAUGACUAGGGAAAACAGUAAAUGUAGAAGCCGUGGGCAAUUUUUGCCUUCAGCACAAGGAAAAAGCUGUUCUAUGUGAAUGAUUCAUUGUUUGAGUCAAUAACCAAAGAUGGAAAGGAUAUAGGGAAUUUAUUUUAAGAACAUAAAACAAAAGCAUUUCUUUCAAAAAUCUGUUUGCAAUUGAGACAUGGAAAUAUUUUGGUUUAGGUUGGGCAAUAUUUGCUAAUCAGUCUCAUGAAUAAUUUAUAUGUUAUAAUGAAGUAGUGUAUUCAAGUAAAAUGGUUUUAGCUGUUUGGGUUUUUUUCUUUUUACACCCAAUGAGCGUAUGUGUAGUGAUGAAAAGGGAAGAUUUGCUGAAUAAAAGAGUAGGUGAAGACAAUGGUGGUUAAUACAGUUAGGCUCAAGAAGUUGGAACAGGAGGAAAGUGCCUCGAAGUGCUUGCAGCAUGGUUUGGGAUCAUCAGUUUCAUGGAGGUUAACAAAGAACAAUUGAAGGAACUUUAUGCAUUAUCUAGUGUUGAGAGCUUGCUCUCUCACGACUUUUCUUAUUUCUCUAUAUUUUCUUGUUCUACAAAUGCCGUAGUUUUCCUGGUCCUUCAGGGUAUCCAGGAUACAGGAAUGAGAGCAGAAAGUAGCAAAAAGAAAGGUAGAGAAACUGUAUGACAUCUUGCAAAGCUGGCCUUUAACAGUGAAUGGGUCUGAGAUAGAAGAUUCCCAUGCCUCUACAAACCACUUGUGCUGCCUGUGCCACACCAGCCUUACACAAGGAUAACUGAAACCUCUGAAGCUGGGCAUAGCAGGCUGAGUUCUCAUCUCAGAUCCAGUGAAGACAUAACAUUGCACCAGUUUAAUGGAAAUGUCAUUAAUCUCAACAACAGAGGGAUCUUGAACUGAGCAGCAGAUUGAAAAUGAACUGAGGGCUGGGGACUUUAAAAACUGCCACAAAUGAAUCAACUAUUCAAACUCCAGAAGGACCAACACCAAAUAAAUUAUGAAUGUUGAACAAGAUGACCUUACAUCCACAGCAGAUAAUGAUAGGUCCUAGGUUUAACAGGGCCCUAUUUGACCCCCUGCUUGUGGUGCUGUUGGCUCUUCAGCUUCUGGUGGUGGCUGGUCUAGUGAGGGCUCAAACUUGCCCUUCUGUCUGCUCCUGCAGCAACCAGUUCAGUAAAGUGAUCUGUGUGCGGAAAAAUCUGAGGGACGUGCCAGACGGCAUCUCCACCAACACCCGGUUACUCAAUCUCCAUGAGAACCAGAUCCAAAUCAUUAAAGUUAAUAGCUUCAAGCAUCUGAGACACCUAGAAAUCCUGCAGCUCAGCAGGAAUCACAUCAGAACAAUUGAAAUAGGGGCUUUCAAUGGUCUGGCCAAUCUCAACACUUUGGAACUCUUUGACAAUCGUCUGACCACUAUCCCAAAUGGGGCUUUUGUAUACCUGUCAAAAUUGAAGGAACUGUGGUUGAGAAACAACCCCAUUGAGAGCAUCCCUUCUUAUGCUUUUAACAGAAUCCCUUCUCUCCGGAGGUUGGAUUUGGGGGAAUUGAAAAGGCUUUCAUACAUCUCAGAAGGUGCCUUUGAAGGUCUGUCCAAUUUGAGAUAUUUGAACCUUGCCAUGUGCAAUCUUCGAGAGAUUCCUAACCUUACCCCGCUUGUAAAACUGGAUGAGUUAGAUCUUUCUGGGAAUCACCUGACUGCCAUCCGGCCAGGUUCUUUCCAAGGGUUGAUGCAUCUUCAGAAAUUGUGGAUGAUACAGUCCCAAAUUCAAGUGAUAGAAAGGAAUGCUUUUGAUAACCUUCAGUCACUUGUAGAGAUCAACCUGGCACACAACAAUCUAACACUACUGCCUCAUGACCUGUUCACGCCACUUCGCCUCGAAAGGAUCCACUUGCAUCACAAUCCCUGGAACUGCAACUGUGAUAUCCUUUGGCUCAGCUGGUGGAUUAAAGACAAGGCACCCUCCAAUACUGCAUGCUGCGCCCGUUGCCACACACCUCCCAGUUUAAAAGGAAGGUACAUUGGUGAGCUGGACCUGAAUUACUUCACGUGUUAUGCUCCAGUCAUAGUGGAGCCACCAGCAGACCUCAACGUCACAGAAGGCAUGGCUGCAGAGAUGAAAUGCCGGGCAUCAACCUCCCUGACCUCUGUAUCUUGGAUUACUCCAAAUGGAUCUGUUAUGACACAUGGGGCGUACAGAGUUCGGAUUGCUGUGCUCAGUGAUGGCACAUUAAAUUUUACAAAGGUAACUCUGCAAGACACGGGUUUGUAUACAUGCAUGGUGAGUAACUCUGUUGGGAAUACCACAGCUUCUGCCACACUGAAUGUGACUGCCCUGGAUAACCCUGGUUACACGUACUUUUCAACUGUCACGGUAGAGACUGUGGAACCUUCUCAGGAUGAGGCACAGACCACAGAGCAGGUUGGGCCCACACCAGUUACCAACUGGGAAACCACUAACAUGACAACCUCACUCACUCCACAGAGCACAAGAUCUACAGAAAAAACUUUCACCAUUCCUGUGACGGACGCAAACAAUGGGAUCCCGGGAAUAGAUGAGGUUAUGAAGACUACCAAAAUCAUAAUUGGUUGUUUUGUGGCUAUCACUCUCAUGGCUGCUGUGAUGCUGGUAAUUUUCUACAAAAUGAGGAAACAGCAUCACCGGCAGAACCAUCAUGCUCCAACACGGACUGUAGAGAUCAUUAAUGUGGAUGAUGAGCUUACAGGUGACACACCCAUAGAGAGUCAUUUGCCCAUGCCAGCAAUAGAGCAUGAGCACCUAAAUCACUAUAACUCUUAUAAAUCUCCUUUCAACCACACAACAACAGUUAACACAAUAAAUUCAAUACACAGUUCAGUGCAUGAACCGUUAUUGAUCCGAAUGAACUCAAAAGACAAUGUACAAGAGACUCAGAUCUGAAACAUUUAUGACAUUAUGGGGGGUGAGGGGUGGGAACAACAAAAGAUGGUUUAUAAAACAAAUGACACAAAUGACUGGGCUAAAUCUACUGUUUCAAAAGUGUCUUUACAAAGAAAAAGAAAUUUAUUUAUUAAAAAUUCUAUUGUGAUCUAAAGCAGACAAAAUUAUGUGUAUUCCUCAGAACCUGUUUUUGCUGCAGUUAUUUACCCUCCUCGUACCCCUUUUCCUGCCCAACCUACCCUGACUCCCAUUUGCCAUAUUUUUCAUAGGAGAUCUUGAUUCCCUAAAAGAACUGAUCUAGGAAAUUUUGUAAGAAUUCUGUUACACUUUGGGAAUUUUUAUGGUGAAUUCUAGUGGUGAGAUUCAGUCUAUUUUGUCACUUUCUCUUUUUUUUUCUUUUGUUUUCUCAUGCCCUCUUUGAAAUUAUUCAUCAGAGAAUGGAAUAAUAACAGUAACUCUGCAAGUGAAAAAAACACAAGCAAGCAAACCUUUUUUUUUUCCAUGUGAUUAUUUGCUCUGUAUUUAGUAAAAGCACCAUUCUGUGAAAAAAAUGGAAAAAAAAGAAACAAAAGAAUGCAAAAGAAAAACAACAAAAAAAUUAAUUUACUUGUGAAAACCCAUAAAACCCAUGAUCUUUUAAGCAAUUCUAGAACCAGAGUUUGUAGUUCAAACACUAAACUAAGAUUAUAAAUAAAAUAUUGAUUUUUUUCUGUA